AUGGGUCCUUAUGCUUGUGUUGAAUUGAACUUUGGGGAAUUUUCUGUUUGGUUGAAGUAUGUGUCAGGAAUUAGUUUUAGAACAGAUAACACUCUUUGCAAGGCAGCUAUGGAAAAAUUCACAACUUAUAUAGUCAAAUUGAUGAAAUCGGAAAGAUUGUAUGAGAAUCAAGGCAUCUUCCAACACUAUAUGUUUUAUCAAGUCCAGAAAAUAAGAUUACAGGGAAACACUUAUAAAUUUUCUCCCUGUUUGUGUGGAGAUUUUUGAAAUGUCUGAUAAGUUCAAUUCAAUGAUUCAUGUCGCUCUGUUUGAUAAAGCCACUAGAAACCAAAAUAUGACUAGAGGAUUCUUGACGGAUAAAUAGGAGUCCUAUGGCUUAUGGAGGUCCAAAUUUGGGUUUGACCGAGUCAAACUUUAGAAGGACCUUCGGGAUUCCGCCCGAGUUUCAUGAUCAUUUAGCAAAGAGAAGACAGCUGGUAUGGGAUGCUCGAGAAAAGGUUUCGUCAUAUUAUCAAAAUCUAAAUGUCAAUAUUGGAUUUGAAGCUUCUAGAGAUGGGGUACUAGCACUAGGGGAGAUGACAAUGGGAGGGCAUGGCAGCAAGCCAGCAAGCUUACUUUAAUGUGUUAAUGAAGUUAGUUGAUUAGGACAUUAGGUAUAGAGCAUGAGUGGGAGUUAGCACAAAGUGAUAUGGAAGCUGCUUCAAAUGGUUUACUUAUGUAUUUGUUGUUGGCUAGCAUUGUACAUCGCCUCCUCUGUUGGACAUCUCAACAUGGAUCGUAUGUUUUUUUGGAAUCAAGUAAUCAAGUUGGCUUCUAGCUCUGAAUACUCCGAAGUCCAAAAGGAAAGAUGAAUUCUAAAUUAGUCCGUAAGUAGCUGUUAAAAAGUCCAUGAUGUUGCUGAGUUUUGGAGAAGUACACUACUACUUUAGAUCUUCUUUAAGCCCCCUACAAAUUACAUCUUUAUGUUGCCUUUGUUAGUUCCCACUGUCAUUUUUAAUUGUAGUGUUUAUGUAGUGUAACUUACCUAUCUCCCUGAGCUUGUUUUCUCUUUUAGUUAUAUAAUUCAGCCCUUAAAAAAAAUGCUCCAU